GAGAGAGAGGUAAGGAGGGGGAGAUAGACGCUUCAGCACUGGAUAGGGACAGGAGGGAAUGCCCAGUAGAUGCAGCUGCCGAUAAUAGCUCACAUCAGAGAGCGAGUGAGCUGAGCGCAGGCACACCAAGGAAAGGAGAGAAGAGAAGAGCGGAAGGAGAGGAGCGCACCAGUACAGCAGCACCAUGAGCCUCUGGAGCUGGAGCAAGUAGAUAACUGAGGCUCAGUGAGAGAAGAUGUAAAGUGUGUAUCGGUGCGGAGCUUCGAAGCUGCGAGAGAGAAAGGAAAGGGAAGUGGAAGUUAAAAGCCGCAAGAGAGAGAUAGAGGGAACAGAAGAGAAGAGAGGGAAGGAAGUGGAAGGAGUGAAAGGAGUGGAAGUUGAAGCUGUGGGAACUCUCAUAGCUUCCCGUGAAAAGCAGUGCUGAGGUCAGCAGGCAGCUGACCCAGACUGCCUGGCUUUCCUGGACGAGAGCCGGACACAUGGGCAGAUAGUCUUCUUGGACUUCCCACAGACCUUCUGUUCGGGCUCAUCCCAGGGCUACAGAAGCUUCUUCAAGAUUCUUCUCAUUCACUAGAUCACUUGAUCUGCUUCAUCAACCUUAGAAUCUUGAAAUGGGACUGGCUGCAUUGGUUGAAGCUCCAGAGAGUUAGUUAGAAGCUUCCGAGCAGCGUAUUCAGAGAGACAUGGUAGAGUAUGAACCGCAGAGUGUAGCCACAGCCCCAGAGCAUGGAGAAGUCCAGUAGUGAGGAAUCCGCCAUCCACCGCAGCCCUUCCGUAGACAGUCGCGACUCGGACUUUGCUCGAGCGUCCACCUCUGGACGUCCCUUCUCGGGACGGGGGUUCACCGCUGGUGCCUUCUACGGCUCCACGGGCCCACGUACUCAACAGCAGCAACAGCAGCAGCCCGGCACGGGCCAGAGCGCCACUGGUGCGACCGCCGAGGACAAGAGCGGCAACAAGUACAGCGCCCCGAAAGGCAGCAAAUACGUGGUCUUUUACCUGGAUCUAUCCUUUGUGUUCCUUUUAGAAUUCAAGAAGUGCAACAUGGCAAGGGGCUGCCUGUGCUGUUUGAAGUACAUGAUGUUCCUCUUCAACCUCAUCUUCUGGUUAUGUGGCUGUGGGUUGCUGGGAGUAGGGAUUUGGCUGGCUGUGUCUCAGGGCAGCUUCGCCACCUUCUCACCCUCCUUCCCGUCCCUCUCCGCUGCCAACCUGGUCAUCGCCAUUGGUGCCAUCGUAAUGGUGACCGGUUUCCUUGGUUGCUUGGGUGCCAUCAAGGAAAAUAAGUGCCUACUUCUGAGCUUCUUCAUCGUCUUGCUGAUUAUUUUGCUGGCAGAGCUGAUCUUGCUCAUCCUCUUCUUCGUGUACUCGAAUAAGGUCAGUGAAAAUGCCAAGAAGGAUCUGAAAGAUGGCCUGGCUCUCUACUACUCGGACAACAACAUUGGCCUGAGGAACGCCUGGAACAUCAUUCAAGCUGAGUGGAAGUGCUGUGGUGUCACUGGUUUCACAGACUGGCAUGAGGCUCUCAAGGAAAAGGUGGUACCGGACCGCUGCUGCCAGGAGCACUAUCAGGACUGUGGUCGAAAUGUCACCAAUGAGUUCUGGAAGCGGGGUUGCUUUGAGAAGGUGGAGGAGUGGCUGGAUGAUAACAAGCACCUUCUGGGAACUAUUGGCAUGUGCAUCUUGGUUGUCCAGCUUCUGGGCAUGGCCUUCUCCAUGACGCUGUUCCACCAGAUCCACAGAACAGGGAAGAAAUACGACGCCUAGCCCGACCCACAGUACUGAGGAGGGGCUCCUCUGCAUUAUCAUUGGACUAAAACUGGAGACCCCUCCUAAUCCGCUGUAUACCACCACUGGCCAAGUCCUAACCUUAUUCCCCAUCCUCACCACCCCAAAACCACCCUGUACAGACAUCAGCCACACGUCCCUUCUCUUCUCUCUCCCAACGCCACUCAUCUGCCAAAGAGAAAGAGGGACUGAGAGGAAGGAGGAGUUCCGACUGUUUGGUUUCAAAACUCUGGGGUGGUUGUUUCCCUGUCUUUUUCCAGCUCCUGUAGAACCUUUAUUUUGUACGCUUGGACUAACUAACAUUGCAGGAAAUGGAGAAUAUCAUGACUACAGUAAAACUGUGUCGCUUUACUAAUGCAUAAUUCCCACCCUGCAAGGCAAGGACAAGACUUAAAAGACUGAUAACCGUGCCACCCCCUGGGUGGUCUGCAUUUGAAGUGUUGUUCACACAUGUUCGAACCCCCUCAGCAACAGAAAUGAUAAAAGGUUCCAUCUUAGCAUGCUGCAGUUUUCUACUCGGUGGAAACCUUUGUCAUUUUAGCAGAAGGCUAUGUUGUUUGUCCCCCCUCCCCUCAAUUUGUUUGUUUUGGUUUGUUUUUAGCCCCUUCUUCCCCUUUAAUCUUUAGAGAUGGCUGGGUAGGUGCAUAUGAAGAUCAGAGAUGUUAGCAUAUUCAAGCUAGUGUAUUCAAGGCUGCAUUUGCUCAUAUGUUCAGAUUUGUGACGGGCAAUUUGAGAGAGGUUGCUAAUGGGUAGGAAAUUGCUGGCGAGAAAUGAGCCUUAUGUUGAGAUAAAGGAGGACAGACAGCUGUGGAUAUUUUGAGCCAUUUUUCAGUAUGUUUGAUCACCCUGCCAUGAAGAUACUCAAACAAGAUCACUCAAUCAACUUACAUCAUAUUUAUAUCCCUGUCUAACAUCAGAUAAACACAAUACUUCCAUACACAGCAUGUUUCAGAGCCAGUGUUGGCGAGUUUUCAGAGCCUGACAGAAAGAGGGAGUGACUGACAGAAAGCACACAGAACGAGCUGAGGUUUGAAAGAUGGAUUCCGGUUGUCCAUUUCUGCUCACGGAAGGCCAGAGUUCAGCAUUGGCAGCUAUUAGUUUCUGCUCCAUCAUGCUCAACAUCGAUAUGAUGGCCUAAAGCUGCAGCCCAGAGCUUCUGCUGCUGCCUGACAGUUGGUUGCAGCAGCGGAGGAGUGUGUAUUGGCAAGAACUUGACGAUACAAUGUAAUGCGCAUUAUGCUACAGGGGUUCUGAUACAAAGUUUUGAGAUUUAUACUCCAAUACUUUAUAAUAAUGUUUUAUGUGCGAUCAAAUUUAGUAUAAAAACAAUCAUAUUCAUGUAAUUUAAGUAAAAUAAAUGUUUUUAGACAAUAAGAUCAAUAGGAUCCAUAGACAGAGUACAACACUGCCAUCUAGUGCUCAUGGGUUAAACCCAACACCUAAAAAAAAAACAAUGUCUGCCACUAAACUAUUCAUUAGUUUUCCAUAUGUUUUUGUUAGGAUCCAAGAUAGACAUUGACACUAUGUCAAGGAUCUUGAGCGAGCACAAUUUCUCUUGGUUGUGUAGACGGUGCUCUCUCCCCUCCCACUGUGAAUCUUCUGUUGGCUGAUAUAUCAGAGCUGGGGUUUUCACACUUACCUUGGAGCACAGUGACUGCAUAGUGAUGCUGCAUUGCUGCAAGUUCUAAAGGAGGCGUUGUCUUUCUUCACAUGUAUCGAAGGAGGCAUGCAGAAAAAGAGUAAAAUCAUUACAGUGUUGCAAAACAUCACAAUGCUCCAAUAUAUACAUUGAUAUUUUGUGCAUCCCUACAGCAGUGCCAUAUCAGUCAGGCCUAUGUUCAUUAAUGUGCAUUUACAUUGUGUCUUCAUGGAAAGGUGUGCAUUUGUGUACAGAUCCCACUACACAACUUUUACAAAAUCUUCUGAUUCUGGCCCUGAUCUCUGAGUCACAUUAAAUCCUCUCAUAUACAGAGAUGCCAAACAAUUGAGCACCCCACACAGAGCUUUCAGACUAAGACUACGCAACAAGCCAAAGCGUGGCUCCAGACGGCUUGUGCAUCAUUGAUCGUACGUCUGAAAGGAAGAGCCUGGGAUCUUUUUUGUUGCAGCUCAUCUCAGCCAGUGUUUUUCUGUUCUUUCUGUUAUUUUCUUUAAGGCUAGAACACAACACAGAGGUUACGGUUGUUUGCGUUUCCAACCGACAUUCCUAUUAGGUGAUCUGAUUUUGUAUCUGCGCCUCUACGAUGUUCCUGAUGGUGAUCCUGCUCCCGUGACUGUCAUCUUUGCCAGAGCCCCCAGCUCCGAGGGGAGUGGUAGGAGCUAGAUCAAAGGCAGUGCUUUUCCGACAUGACUGCAAACAAGGCCUGAAGUGAAAGGCCAUUUACCAGCUUAAAGUGUGGCGGCGUUUAAUUGCAUGCUGUAGGACAUGGAUUACUUUGUCCAGACUGCAAUUGCGGUUAGACAUCCUGGCAAAACAAAGGAUAGAGGGCGUGUGAGUGGGGUUGGGUCAUCACACUGUUCCCUGUCUUGUCAAACCUGGCACCAAGACAGCUGUGACCUGCUCCUUAAGUGUUAAUCUAGGAAUUGUGGAAGAAAAAGUACUGUAUGAGUGUGAUGUGCUGAUGAUGAUAGUACUCACUGAAACGCGUCUUUCUGGGGUUUUCACUGUUGACUGUAGUUUUGGAUGAAUUGGUUUUAAACAAUCAGGGACCAGAGGUGGCCAGCAGUUCAGAUUUUCAUCCUGAAUAUGCAGAGAACAGAGAGGAGUCAGGUUCUGAUUUGGAUGAGCAGAAGAACGCUGUCACUUGUGCAUUGCUGCUAUGAGAAAAAUGUGUUAUUUGAGGUUCUUAAGAGGAAAAGGACAUGAGGGUAAUGAUUAACAACAGCUGAGAAACAUUGAAAACUCUACCACAGUAACCCUGUUGCUUGCUAACAUUUGGGGAUGUCAGAAUGCUGAGAAUGUGUGAGUUGUUGUGCAGCAAAUAAUAGCAAAUGCUGAUUGAACACAAUGGAUAGGCCAAAAUAAAUCUUUCUUGUUUCCUCUUUUUUUUUUUUUUGUAUGACAAAACAUUAAUGCAAACAAACCUGAAACUGGAUUGACAGAAUUAGAGAAUCAGUGUGGAUACUAUGUAUUUGUGUUUCCUGCCAAGUACGUGGCAAAACAAUACUAGCCCUGCUCUCAUGUUCUUGAUAUGCCAUUAUAUGCAAUUAAUUCAUUUGAGUUUAAUUCAUUUCUGAAAGAUAUUAACUGUAUAUGUUCUCCAAAAUUACUAGGAAUGCACCAAAAUUGGAUAUUUUGAUUAAAACGUAACAUAAUGAAAAUUGUAAAUGUAUCUUUGUCUUGCUUUUUAAAGAAGAAAAAACAUUACAAACAUGCAAUUUAAAAAGACAUUUUAACAUCCCAGGAGAGACAACAAAGCACAAUACAUUUACCGCAGCAGUGCUACUAUUUUAAAUAUAAAUUUACAACAGCAGUACUACUAUUUUAAUCAUGAAUUUACUUGAGAUGUUCUAUUCAUUUAAGACAUUUAGCUAGCUAGCAACCACAACAGUCCAAUUUUAGUAGCAAUUUUAGCACUGCAGAAAAAAAAAAUAAUAUUAUUAAAAAUAUUAAACAGUAUGCAUUUAUUUAAUAUGACUAAAUAAAUUAUUCAUGGAUUGUUGCAAGUUAUUUGGUCUUUCACAUAUUUGGCUGAAGACCAAAGGUGCUUUAUUUUCAGUUGCCAAAUAUUUGGUGCAUCCCUAACAAUUACACAAGGUUUAACCCACUGUCUCAUGCAGUUGCUUUACUGAUUUUAACACAACAAUGAUAGUUAAGUGGAUUUAUCUGUUAACAGCUUUGUUUGCUUAAGUUUUUUUUUUCAUACUUUAUUUUAUCCAUGUUUGUGUUAUUCAAACGCUAUUUAUUCACAAUGAACCUAUUAUCACUGAAAAUCAUCUCAAAAACAGUAUAACCAGCAGAUGAGAAUACAUAAGUGCGUACAUUCUUGCUUUUUCUGACUGCAAUGAAGUAUUAGACAUCCUGGGGGGGAACAUGCCUGUUACUUUUAGAAUAAAUGUUAUAUUAUUAUUUUUUUUUUUUGGUUGAUGUUUUUUUUUUUUUUUUUUUUUUUUUCUUUUGUACAUUUGUUGUCAUGUUUUGUCUGUUUUUAUUCCAAUGUUAUUUUACUUAUUUUAUUCUAAGCACACCCUGUGUUGGCUGUGUACGGAGGUGAGCUCAGUAUCAUGAGAACAGAAUUUCCAAUCUGGCGGCCUUAACGUCAGGUCAGCAGAGGUUAUUAGUUUAUGCUUGUUGUUCACAGUGGGACUAUAUAAAGUAUUUAUGGUGGGCAGAUGCUUGCAGUGCAUUCACAAGUGUCUUUAUUUAAAUGUAUACAAGCAAGGCACUUUUGAAUGUGUAAUACAGUUUGUUCAUAUACCCAUAUAAAUACAAUAUACACACAUCUCCACUGUGAAUUGGUGUCUCUCUGCUGAGCUGGGGCUGGAUUCAUAAAAGCUUUCUUAAGAAAAAAAGUAAAGAUAAUUAUACGUUAAACAUAUAAUUUUCAUAACAUUCUAUUAGAAAGGUUCUCAAAUAUCAACUUAUAAGGCUCUCUCUUUAUUGUUUUUUUGUUAUGUAGCCUGUAUGUAACUGUAAUUUUGCUGCUCAUCACAAACACAGUAAGACCCAUUUUGAAUUUACCAUUAUACCAUAAAUUUCCCAUAUGAAGGCAAAAUUGUGAAAAUGCAGAAGACAAAAAAAAAUCAGUAUUAAAUGUGGCCUAAUGUCAGUCAUUAAUUUACCUCAUGUAGACAAUAGCAGUACUUAAACCAUCUCUAUUAAAAACUAUUUAAACUGGUUACUUUAAAGGCCAAUCUUUGAGCUCUUACAGUGUCAGACCAAAGGGAAGAUAUUAGGUUAAAUAAGGUUAGAAACAUUGAAUUUUAUUUUUGAGAAUACAGAUUUUUCCUUUUUCUAUGUGAAAAUUAUUUCUUUUUUUCCUAGGAUACUUUUGUGAAUGCAGCCCUUGAUCCUCCUUCAAUAGCUUCACCUGCUAAAAUCUAUAGCUGAUCAGUUCACUUUGCUCACUAAGCUAAUUAUUAAACCGGCCCAACAUAGAAAUAUCAGAAUUCACAUCCUGCACAGAUUUUUUUUUGUGUUGUCUGAUUGUAUAUUUUGGUAUGUCCUUUUCUUAACUGCCAUUGAAACCAAUUUUGUAUCCAUUUGUUGUGUAUCUAAUAUCUUUUAUUUGUUUAUUAGCUCUUGUUUUUUGCAUUUGUAUUUUUCAGUUCAAGAGUGUAUGGUAACUCAGUUCUGUACAUGUUGCUGUUUGUUGGUACUGUAUUCAUAUUCUGACACUGUUGCAGGGAAGCAUUUUAUCAGCAGAUUUGGGUAAACAUAUGAAACAUAUCCAGUUGAAUUGUUCCAUCCUUUCUUUGAACCAUGUUCUGGAAUAGACUCAUUUGAUUCAGGAAGAAGGGAUGUGGAAAGUAACCUAAUUUCUACCACUUUUUUGCAUAUCUGUAUUUUUGUACUACAGUCCUAAACCCGGCACUAACCUGCAUAUACGAGCUGUGGAAGCGUACGCUCUUGAGUGAUGUGUUUGAUGUAGUGUCAUGGUGGGUGGCAGUUCUAAUAUCUUGUCAACCCAACUUUGUCCUGUGGAGUUAUUUUUUUUUUUGCUACAUGUAAGGCACUAUAAAUAUCUAUAUUAGGUGGUGCACUAAAUUCUACUAUUUUUUAAAUAAAGAAAAGUGUGUCGCAAAAUUCCAUGAUAAUGUAGAGUCAUUGACUUUCUCUGAAACACUGAUUCUCAAAAUAUUUUUUUUUAAUAUGCACCAUUGCAGACACUAACUUUAUUUAAGUACCACUGCUAAAUCUACUUGAGUUGAGUGGUUUUGUGUGUCUGCAGCAGGCAGAGGCUCUAGCUGUUCCAAACUGCUUUAUAAAGGCCUGCUAUGAAGAGCCACAAGUGUGAGUGUCCACAAGAGACACAAAUAGCUGAAAUGAACCGUUAAGGCGCAUGGUGACUGUGAGAGAGAGAGAGAGAGAGCGAGAGCAGUGUUUAAAGCCAGUCACACAACGAGAUGAUUUCUUAUUUUUCCUCACACUAGAAACAGUAAGCACUUGGUGUGAGUGCAUCAUUAUUUUUCUACUGAACUUUACUGACUGGUUAAUCUAACUUAUGUACCAUUUCAUCUUGGCUUUUUUUCAAAACACUUUUUCUUCUAUGCAAACGCGCUCUGUUCAGGCUUUUUAUUGAUCAUUUUGUAUUAGCUCCAUGUAAUUAUUAAAUAAAGUUAUUAGAAUUCAUUGAG